AUGCAGGCGGUUGUUGUUGGGUCUGUGAGAGUUGACAUUGACAGCGAUGCCUUACGGAGGCGACUGCUGGUGGUGGCUGCGAAGGCGCCGAGGGAAAUGCCUAAACUGGCGAUUCGCUCCACACCGGGUCACCAGUACCCUGGCGCAUGUGUGGUCCAGACCGACCGACCAAGCCUCGCCGUUAUAAAAUUCAAAAUGGUUUAUUUCAACGGUGGUGGGCGCGGGGGAAGUGCGGGAGAGGGCCACCCUGGCGAUUUACGACCGAGGGCGCCAUUCGAUGACACACCGGAAUGA